UUAGGGAUUUAAUUACUGCCAUAAAAUACUUAAUUUUAAGGAUUUAAUUACUGCAGUAAAUUGCUUAAGUAAAUGCAUUUACUUGCUAUUAUUGGCCAACUCUUGUAAAUAUAAAAUCUCCCCUCUAUGAGAUGAAUAAUUCUCAGAAAAUUCACAGCCUUUUCGGACCGACUGCUAGCUUCUUUUAAGGUACAUACUGCUAGCUCCAAACUUUUUGCCUUUUUCUUUUUUUUCUUUUUUUUGUCACUCGUUAAUUUAUUUAUGUAUACUACUGCAGGUGUAAAUAUUAGCAGGCACUCCGUAAGCAGAAAGUGAUGGCAGCAGUGCCUUGGGUUGCACUCUUUCUGUCCUUUGCAGCAACCAUCCACAACCAUAUAGGCCUUGUGGAAGCUUCAGUUGACAUAGGUGUUUGCUAUGGAAUGUUAGGAGAUGACCUCCCUGCUGCUACAGAAGUGGUUAAUCUGUACAAAAUAAACGGUAUCGGCAAGAUGAGGCUCUUUGAUCCUAAUCCGGCCGCACUCGAAGCACUGAGAGGGAAAGAAAUUGAUGUCAGUCUAGGCAUUCGAAACGAAGACUUGCCCCAAUUGACAGGAAGUGCAGAUGCUGUGAACUCAUGGUUUGCAACCAAUGUAGAGCCCUACCUGAAUGACAUUGUCUUCAAUUACAUUUCUGUUGGCAAUGAGGUUAUUCCAGGGUCCUUAGGCAUCUAUGUUUUGCCUGUAAUGCAGUCUCUACAGAAAAUUCUCGAUGAUAGAAACUUGGCUGGUAUUAAGGUGUCCACAGUUGUGCCAGGGUCUGCCUUAGGAGUUUCAUUUCCACCUUCAAGUGGCGAGUUCGCACUAGAGGCAAGCAGUGUCAUGAGUGGCAUUGUUGCAUUUUUAGCACAGCGAGGAUCACCCCUUCUGAUCAAUGUGUAUCCCUACUUUUCUUAUGCAUCAGACCCUGUCAAUAUUCGCUUAGACUAUGCUCAAUUUACCGCAACAAGUCCAGUGGUUAAGGAUGGGGAGUUGAGCUAUUAUAACCUGUUUGAUGCCGCAGUUGAUUCUUUUCUGGCAGCAAUGGAAAAAGUAGGCGGGGCAAAUGUCGAUGUGGUGGUGUCUGAGAGUGGUUGGCCUUCUGAUGGGAAUGGAAAUUUCACCACUCCAGAACUUGCAGGGACAUAUAACAGGAACUUCUUGAAACAUAUAACCUCAAACGCUGGGACACCGAAAAGACCUGGUGCUUACAUUGAGGGGUACAUUUUUGCCAUGUUCAAUGAGAAUCAGAAACCUGAAGGUGUGGAGCAGCAUUUCGGACUUUUUCAUCCUAACAUGCAACCUGUUUAUUCUAUAUAUUAAAGAUCCAAGACCAAGCACAUCAGCUAUCUUAGCCUAGUGGUAGUUUUCUUCCCAACAUCGAAUUAGGUCUAAAGUUCGAAUUCCCUCCCUACUCCCUCCCAUCAACUUAGUAUAGUGGUAG